GAACUCAAACAUUUGCCAUGGAUAAACGCUCUGUAUGAACCAGACGGAACCCUAGGGCUAGGCUUAGAAAAACUGUCCCCCGGUGUCACUCCUUUGUUCUACAACAUCUACAGACAGAACAAAAUUGCUCCAAUAUUUUCUUUCUACAUUAACAGCCCGACAUGAAAGAUAUGACCACAGUAGAUCAUCGACUUAUAAACCUGAUGGCACCAGCUUCAACAUUUCCAACACUUAUGUUGGAUAUCUUUCCAAUGACUUGUUCUUGGUUGGCCAGAUGAAUACCACAGAUCAGAAGUUUGCAGAACUCAAACAUUUGCCAUGGAUAAACGCUCUGUAUGAAGCAGACGGAACCCUAGGGCUAGGCUUAGAAAAACUGUCCCCCGGUGUCACUCCUUUGUUCUACAACAUCUACAGACAGAACAAAAUUGCUCCAAUAUUUUCUUUCUACAUUAACAGACCCAAUACUAUGGUUUUGUCAACAUUGGCAAGCCUGAGAAGACAUUCAAAAUGGUGAUGGACACGGCUUGGGCCUACACCUGGGUUCCGUCCGUGGAAUGCCCCCUGUCAGCAUAGCUUGUGCCCGACAUGAAAGAUAUGACCACAGUAGAUCAUCGACUUAUAAACCUGAUGGCACCAGCUUCAACAUUUCCAACACUUAUGUUGGAUAUCUUUCCAAUGACUUGUUCUUGGUUGGCCAGAUGAAUACCACAGAUCAGAAGUUUGCAGAACUCAAACAUUUGCCAUGGAUAAACGCUCUGUAUGAAGCAGACGGAACCCUAGGGCUAGGCUUGGAAAAACUGUCCCCCGGUGUCACUCCUUUGUUCUACAACUUCUACAGACAGAACAAAAUUGCUCCAAUAUUUUCUUUCUACAUUAACAGAGAUCCUACCACAAAACGAGGAGGCUCCAUCUUCUUCGGGGGAAUUGACUACAAACACAACAAAACGGCCUUUACCACUCUAGAUGUGACUUCUGAUUUCUACUGGGAGUUCCAAGUGGACAAAAUCGCUCUAGUGAUGAGCAAGAAGAGCCAGAAGGAGUACUGUAAGAAUGGUUGUAAAGCUCUCGCUGACACCAGCGCCAACACCAUCAUCGGUCCAGCUGACGAGAUAAAUGACAUCAACAGACUCGUUGGAGCCACCGAAAUAUUUUUUUCAAACCGAUACAUGAUUCCAUGCAUCAAUGAGUUGAAGGGACCAAAGGUAAAGUUUACCAUUGCCAAUCAGGACUUCAUGAUCCUUGCUCGAGAUUACAUUCAGAAGGUCUCCUACUCAGGUAUUACCAUAUGCCCAUCAGCUUUCCAGCCAGGGGAGAGCUCCACCGGUCCCGAUCAAUGGGUACUGGGAGGAGGGUUCCUUUACCAGUAUUAUACGGCUUAUGAUGUCGUACGUCAUAAAAUACUUAUAGCUGAGGCGGCAUAG